CUGCCGGCCUGCAGAAAGGAAUUUGAACCCUGUACAUGAGGAGGAUUUCUUCUCUUGUCCAGCAGGAAAAUUGAAUUGCUUGUUUUUACUUCAAACAGCUAUGACUUACAGACUUUUUGAAGGUAAGGACCAUGCUGCUUCCUACUGGAAGUACAGGAUCUCUCCAUCAAAUCAUUUAAUCAAGGAAGUUCUGGACUUUCUGGAAAGGCAUGGAAGUCGUCCCUUUGAGCUGGCUUUGGAUGUGGGUUGUGGCUCUGGUCAGGGCACACAGCUCCUGUCUAAACACUUUGCUUCAGUUGUGGGGACAGACGUGAGUCCUGCUCAGUUGGAGGUGGCUCUCCACCAAGCUACAGAGCCAAACAUCACAUACAGACAAUGUGCGGCCGAGGAGCUGCCCUUUGCUGACAGCUCAGUGGACCUGGUGACGGCCAUGUCUGCCUUUCACUGGUUUGACAGGCCACGGUUUCUGAGUGAGGCCCACAGGGUCCUGAAGCCCCAAGGCUGCUUGGCUCUGCUCAACUACACAAUUGAGAUGGAGCUCAGCUACCAGGACUGCUGCAAACACACACUAAACCAAGUUUGCAAAGAGUUUUAUGCAGCCUUACAACCUUACAGAAGUCCCCAUCUUGGUCAAAGCUCUAUUGAGCUCUAUAAGGAGGCAUAUGGAUCUAUCUCUUAUCCAAACAAGGAGUGGCAUGAGUGCUUUUGGGACAGGAGGGUUAUGCCAUUAUCCAGCUACAUUGGAUUGGUGGAAUCCUUCUCCAGUUAUCAGGCUCUUCUGAGGGAUGACCCACAGAGGGCUAACAGGCUCUCCCAGGAUAUAUGUGAUAGGCUGAUGUCUGUAAUGAAAGUGACCUCAGCAGAGACAGAAGUGACGGUGGCUGUCAAGUAUUUCUACCUUCUAGCCUCCAAACCUCAAGAAACCUGACUUUUGAUGACUCUGAACUUUUUAAAAUACCGUAAAAAAGGUCACAUCAAUUUUUACAUCUCAAUUAUUCUCGGUGAAAAGAAAGAAUCUCAACAUUAUAUUCUAAGAUUUUUUGGACAUUUUGGGAAAUUUUAAUACUGAAUUUUUGGCUCAAAUUAACAUAUAUUGGGGAAUGUUUGAUUACUUUAAUUAACAUGGGAAACCCAUUGAUAUAUUUGAGUCAUUGUUAUGAGCCUAAUCUUUUUAGUGUCCCACGUUGCCACUAGAGGGCAACAUUUGAUCAAAUGUCCCAUUGAUCAUCUGUGCAUUGUCCAUUUUCACUAUAUUGUUGUUCUCUACUUUAAGGAAGACUGAAAGAAUUGUAAAACUGGAUCAAAUAUCAUGUUUAUGUGACACUCUGAGAGGUUCUGUUGUAUUCUCUGAGUAUAACAUGUUAUUAUUCUAAUCUGUCUCUCACAAUUUUCAUACUUUUUCAAAUAUAACCACAAUCCCAAUAGCUUAUCAGAGUAACUGCACAAACACUCUUAGAAAAAAACCCUGAAACUAUAACUAAAGCUAAUAGCUAAUGAAAAUCAUGUCCCUAAUAAGACAUAUAAAGGGCAUUACUGUGUACUUGGGUAAGAAUAUGUGAAGUAAAUUAAUAUUACUAUAGAAUUUAGUUGAACACAUUUAAACAUUAGUAAACUAAUACUUUGCUGUAGCACCUUUUAAUUGAAAUAAUUCAGUGUUUCCUAGCUUGGGAGCUAUUUUACAACUAUAAUUUUCAAGAUUUUUUUAAAUAAAAAAACAACAACAAUAAAACUAAUCUUUAUCUGAAGAUCUUGGGUCAAAACUAUAUAUAUUUUUUUUGUUUGUUUCCAUCAUUUCACCCACCUUGAAAAAAAAGCUAACCCCAGAUCAUUCCAACCACAUUAAAAACUGCAUUACAUCAACUAUAUAACAAUGAAACCGACUGUAAAACCUGCAUCUUAUUUUCUCUUUCCAGUAAUUAUUCCUUAUGCAUAACUUAAAUAACAAGACAGAAAAGGGCAUGUAGCCUCUGCUUUCUGGUGUUUUACAGGAUGGCAUCUAUGUGAACAGAAGCUAGGUGAUGGUAACAUACUGGCUAAAGUUAUUCAUCUCAUGAUAAAAAGAGUAAUGCAUUUUUUCCACAGGGAUAUUUAGACUUCAGUGGAAGACAGCAUCCUCAUAUUCAUCAGUGCUGCAGUUUGCUACAUGUAUUUUGUUCACAAGAGAAACUUUUCUCUACUUUUCCAGUUGAUCUGAUGACUUUAAUCAUUAAAAGUAUGAACAGACAUGUGCAAGCCCCUCAUUACAAGGAUUCACUGGACUCCUUCAAACACCAGAAAAACUAUGGAAAGGUGUGUUGAAAUGGUCCAUUUAACAAAGAAAUUACUGUUUGGCAACAAGUUUUUUUUUUUUUUCCAAGAAUAGCAUUGCUUGAAGGGUGCCAUGCUAUUUUAAACUUUGAUAUUCCUAAUUUAAAAACAUACAAAGAAAAUAUUCCCUCUCUCCUGCCUUUCAUUGCACCUACAUUCAUUGUAUUGUCACAGAUGUACCUGACUUGAAAAUAUGUUAAAUAUAGAAGAAGAAAUCUGCGAUAUGUUUUUUAGGU